GAUGGAUACAGAGUCCGCUGCGUCUGGUGAAACCAAUCUCACGACAUUGGUUUCCACUCUCAAGUUGACAAUGAGCCCCGAAACCUUCGUAUUCAUCACCAUCCCAGGUUUGAAGCUCCCACCGCCAUCUCUUCAAAUCCAAAUGUCCUUUCGAGAAGCAGAAGGCACCACAAUAAUCACCACUCAAGACUCGGCUGAUACUUGCCACAUCGAAUACACAUUCCCAUGCAAGAUGAUCACCCUCAAUGUCCACUCCAGCCUCGAAGCAGUUGGUUUCAUGGCCGCUAUCAGCACCAAGCUUGCCGAAAAUGGGAUUGGGGUCAACCCUGUCAGCGGCUACUACCAUGACCAUUGCUUCGUCCCACUUGGAAAGGCAAAUGAGGCCAUGAAGGUGUUGCAAGACUUGGCUACAGAGGCACAGAAUAAAAGUAAGGCAUGAAUGUCGAAUCCGAACUCCGACACGUGAUGCAGUGAGGAACCCGCAGGCUUGGGACCCCACCCUUGAUGGAUGGAGGGGUAUAUCAGGAUCAGUCGAUAUCGACGUUUUUAGCCAUACAGCACAUACACUGUCAGCCCGGCGAAUCGAAAUAGCGUCCGCGCCUGUCUCAUCGAUCUGCCCCGGGUUGUUACGUUACAUGCUUUCCUUUUUUUCUCUCAAGGUUGCAGUAGCUUCACGCGGGGUGCUGUGCAUCUUUUGAUAUCUUGUGCAACCUGCCA